GCUCCAUCUGCUACCAAAAGGAAGUUGAGUCAACUGAGGGACUGCCAUUACUAAGAAUAACCCAGGCCACAAUUCUGUUGUUCUUCUAUGCUGAAGUUGUAACAGAAUUAACCAAUCAAAAUUGAGAUUACGUCUCAUACAAUCUGCGCUAAGUUUAAAGUGCAGCAAUUGUUGCAUGGGAAAUUAUCCGCUGAUAUUCUUCUGCAACCCAUGAGUUCUCGUGAAAAGUAUGUAUUCUACAAAGACAGACAAGAAUGGGAUGAUGUUAAUCCGAUUCCUCAGGAUGAUGGAGGUCGAAACAUUGUAAAUAUUGCAUAUUCUGAAGAAUUUGUUGAUGCACAUGACUAUUUUCGUGCAGCCUUAAUGAAGGACGAGCGUAGUGAGCGGACAUUUUCACUAACCUCUGACAUUUUAUUGUUUAAUCCCGCCAACUACACAGCUUGGGAGUACAGAAGACGGAUCAUCGAGGAAAUUUCACCUGACCUAAAUGGUGAGAUGCGUUUCGUUGGUGGGCUUAUUGAAGAUUAUUCAAAAAAUUACCAGUUAUGGCAUCAUCGACAAUGGGUUGUCGAAAAAUUAUCACAACAGAAUCAAAAUAACUCCAACUUUAUAACACAUCUUAGUUCAGAGGAAUUAGAUUUUGUUGGGUCUGUCAUUUCAGAUGAUCCUAAAAAUUAUCAUGCUUGGCAACACCGUCGGUGGAUUGUAACUUUUUUCAAUGUGCCUGUUAAAACAGAGUUAGCAUUCACCGAACAAACGCUUUCCAGUGACGUUUAUAAUAAUUCGGCUUGGAAUCAUCGUUACUAUAUUGUCAUGUGUGACGAAGGUUUAUCAUCUACCGUUCUUCAGCGUGAAAUAGAUUUUGUUCAAAGACGUAUUUCCUUUGCUCCGAAUAAUGAAAGUUCAUGGAAUUAUUUUUAUGGUUUGCUAAUGCCCAUAGUACGUGGGAAAAAACAUAUUCAUAAUUCUUCGUGUAAACUCUUAGUUGAUCAGAAUUCCAAUAUUAAGCAAAAUAUUAUGUCUGAUCUUCAAAUUAUGCAGAAAUUUGCAGAGGAAUUGGUUGCAUCUGAUCAAAUAGCUGGUGAUUGUUUAGCACCGCUUAGUUUCUUGGUUGAAGUGUAUGCUGAUUGUUUAGAAUCCUAUUUUACUGAAAAAUCGGGUAGUACGUGCGAAACACAUUCUAGUUUCAAUGCUGUUGGUGUGACUUCUGAUGACUCGAAUAAUGCCAGUUCUGAUCCCAAAGAAAUAUUUGACCGAGCUGUCAAUUUAUGCGAACGUUUGGCCCGUGAAGUGGAUCGGGUUCGAGCUAAUUAUUGGCAAUAUCGUGCUCGUCAGUUAAUGUGCUUUGCUAAAAAAGUCAACCUAAUUCCAGAAAUCACUAUACCAUAAACAUCUAAACUAGGUUUUACAAUUUUGCAUCAAAAAGUAACUUAAUAAAUGACGUAAUGUAAUAUUUAUUUCUGCUGAUUGUACUUGUUUCACGAAUCAUAAGCCGUCA